AUUUUUACAUCAUUCCAGCGUUUUGACGUUUCUUUGACAUUUCUCGACCACGUGUCUCAGAUUCGCGAAAGAGAGCCGGUUUAGAGGCGACGUUGAUUAGUGGCCACAAUAACAAUCGACUACGUUGAUUUCUGGCCAAGUGACAUUUUCACGCAAUCGCGUUGAUUAUUUCGGGAUCACAAUACAAUGUCGCGUUACGAUUAGGUACAUAAAUAGCUGGCUCUUCGGAAUCUAUUUAAGUGCAACCACCCCCGAAUCUCGAUCAUUUCUCCUUUCCAAGAGCAAGGAGACGAGAUGACAGUGGAGAAAGAGAUAAAAUAGAGAAGAAAAGGAACAGAACACCAGGAACGAAGAGAGAAGACAUCACAGCAGGAAUGCAUUUGAACGUCAGAUAAACACAUAGCAACAGAAAAACAAGUCAAAGCAAACAAUUAUUUGAAGCAUAUCAAUCUAUCUUGUAAGCUGCAUCAGAAGAGAUGGACAAAUUAUGUGCCUGAAAAUUUUGAUACAGUAACGUCAAGCAAGAAAGACCAAUUUGAGCUUAAGUCUUCUACACAAGUAUUAUACGCAAAACAACAAUGCAUCGUGGCGUGCUGGCAGCAUUCGACUUCGACCACACCGUCUGCGACGACAACACCGACGUGGUAGCGCGGAAGCUGCUGCCGGACGAGAGGAUCCCCGAGGACGUGAAGGGGCUGUACAAGUCCAGCGGUUGGAUCGUUUACAUGGGCAGGAUCAUGGAACUCCUCCACGAGAACGGCAUUGACAUUCAGCAGAUCGAGGAUGCCAUCGUCAGGAUACCCGGAGUCGCGGGCAUCGAGGAGCUCCUUCUCGCCCUACACGCCAACGGUCACGAGAUCAUCAUCAUCAGCGACUCCAACAGCGUGUUCAUCGAUCGUUGGCUGAGAAGCAGGAGACUCGAGCACGUCGUUUCGCGGAUCUUUACGAAUCCGGCUUACUACGACGACACGGGCAGAAUGAGGGUAGACAUGUAUCACACCCAGCACACUUGUCGUCUGAGCACCGUCAACCUCUGCAAAGGACAGAUCUUGAUGGACUACAUCGACGAGAGGCGUGAGCAGGGCAGGCGCUACGAGAGGAUUGUCUACGUUGGCGAUGGCAAGAAUGACCUCUGUCCGAUCCUCCGUCUCUCGCAGACCGACCUGGCCUGUCCGCGGAAGGGUUACGCCCUCGUGGAGACGUUGAGCAAGUUGCCCCGUGACUCGACGACGAAGGCGAGGGUCGUCCAGUGGGAUGACGGUAGGGAUUUGCGGCAUAACUUGGAACAGAUCCUGAAGUUUCGUUAGAGCUUCUCGUUCGAGCGUGAUAUCCCAGGUAGCAAAACGUACGUUUAAUUGCGUCGAAUGACGGCAUUUUUAUGUUGAAUGACGUCAGUUUGCUACUUGGGACUGCAUGAUUAGAUUCGUCGCUAAUCAAACUAAAAUCGAGAGAGCUAGAUGUAGUUGAUAGGUGAUGAUUGACUAACUGUAUAUACAUAUAUGUAGAUACUCGCUAGUUUCUAUUUUGUAUUUAUACUCGUUGUGGGAGGAUUCGCCUGAAUAAGUAUCUCGCUUUUCGCUGAAGAUAUUAAAUAACGAAUCCCUCAUCCUCUAUUCUCUCUUCAUCCGCUGUGUUUAUUCCAUGAUUACAUAUUGUAAGGCUGAAGAUAUACGUAACAGGAAUAUGUUUAAUUA